CUUUCUCAGACUUCCUUCCACUGUAAAAAAAAAAAGUAAGAAAGAAAGAAAAUUAAACCACAACUUGAUGCUGAAAGCCAAUUGCACAACAAGGGGCAGCCAUGGCAGAAGGCAAGACGGGAAGCGCUGGGCUGUUCGCAAAGCGGGUCCAGAAACAACUCAGCCGAGCUCAAGAGAAGGUUUUGCAGAAACUGGGGAAAACGGUGGAAACGAAAGAUGAACAGUUUGAGCAAAGUGCACUCAACUUCCAGCAGCAGCAGGCUGAAGGUCACAAACUCUAUAAGGACCUUAAGGCUUUCCUCAAUGCAGUCAAAGUGAUGCAUGAAAGCUCCAAAAAAGUCUCUGAGACCUUGCAAGAAAUCUACAAUGAGGAAUGGGACGGGUAUGAAGACUUGAAAGCCAUUGUACAAAGCAAUGACCUUCUGUGGGAAGAUUAUGAGGAGAAACUGGCAGAUCAGGCAGUCAGGACCAUGGAGAAUUACUUGAGCCAGUUCAAUGAAAUUAAGGAGCGAAUAGGUAAGAGGGGACGGAAGCUUGUGGAUUAUGAUAGCAGCAGGCAUCAUUUGGAGGCUCUGCAGAAUGCCAAGAAGAAAGAUGACGUGAAAAUUGCAAAGGCUGAAGAGGAGUUCUAUAAAGCCCAAGCUGUGUUUGAGGAACUCAACAAAGAACUCAGAGAGGAACUGCCGGUCCUUUACAGCAGUCGAAUUGCCUGCUACGUGAACAUAUUCCAGAAUAUUUCGAAUCUCCGAGAUAUCUUCUACAAGGAAAUGAGCAAGCUAAACCAUGAUUUAUAUGACGUGAUGAGUAAGCUGGAAAAGCAGCACUCCAAUAAAGUUUUCAUCAUUAAAGGGCUGUCAAGUAACAGAGGCUCAUUGGUCAUCUCAUCUCCAGUAAGUCCAACCAGCCCCGUUUUCAUGCUUGCAGAGAACAGCAUAAGUGAGACUCAAGCAUCUGCUCCCGACACUCCCUCCAAACACAAUGGAGAAUUUGCUUCAGCAGCCAAGACAGCAUCUGUGCCCAGUGGUGUCAGUGAAACAAAGGAAGAGAUCCCGGCCUCUUUGGCCACAGCAUCACAAAGCAAAGAGGAAGAUGUGGCCAAGUCCACCCUUUCAUCUGUUAGCGAACCCAAAGAUGAGAACCAAGCAAUGAAUCUGGAGACCCCCCUUAGUGUUUCCAAAGGCACCCCCCAAAAAGUUGACGAAGUUGCAAAUCAUAUAGCGGUAGAGAUUUUAUCAGAGGCAGUACAUGAGGCUGCUGGCAAAGUCCAAAAUGUAUCCAAGGACUCCGAAGACACUGCACAGCCACCUUCCAUUAAUAACAUUGAGGCUGAUGAGACCUGCAAGGAAGACAGAGGUUCUGCUCCACAGGCAAGGAAUGGCAUUCCCUCCCUGCUGAAACAGGAAAUCAAACACAGCCAGGAUGAAACUCAGGCUGAGGAAUCUGAUCCUGAGGGAGAAGUUUUGUCGCUCAGUGAGAGGUCCAUUUGUCCUGAAGACAAUCUCCAAGAUCCUUCCUCUUCCAUCCAAGAUCAAGUAAUCCAGCAGGAAGUAUCCAGCACCACUAAUGGCGGCAUGACUUCUGCUCUGCCAAAAGAAGAGGCCAUCCAACAGCAGAAGCCGGGGACUCGGGAAGUAACCUGUCAGGAUCAUGAGAAGACUGAGGUUGACAGCAGCAGUGAUGGCAGCAUGGAAGAAAUAGAAGUCUCCCCAAAGGUCACCAAUACUCAGACCAUCUCUAACUUCUUCUCAGAAGAUAAAACAGAGGACUAUGUCAAGUUCCCCCUGGGCUUCAUGUUUAAGGCUCAGGCAACUGAAGCUCAUGCUUCAGAAGAUGAGGACCACCUUCAGUUUGGAGAAGGGGAAACUAUCUUUGUGCUGUCAGAUGCACAGGCUGAGGAACAAGGAUUCUUGAUGGGUAUAAAGGAACGUGAUUGGAAGGAGAGCCAGGAUAUGCAACAGAAAGGCAUUUUCCCUCCACAUCUCAUCAAAACUGUCCCCUUGGAAUAGGGCUGGGUGCUAGUGCACAAGCAGAGUCAAGGGAGAACUCGAUUAAAGCAAAGCCUUCUUGUCUGUUUUAUGUAAAUGAUGGUUUUUACAUACCUUCUUGUUAAUUGUCCUUUGUUCCCCCCCACACCAGAGUAGGCUUAGGCCAAUGCAAUACUAUGUAGAUUACCGUAUUCCCAAUAUUUGUACUUCUGAAUGGUUUGGCCCAUAGGAGAAGUUGGCAACUAGCAACCCUUGAGCCAAAUGCAACCCUCCAUUGUGCAACCCUUCAAGUAGUUUUCUGAACUGAAAGGAAGAUAUGAACAGAGAAGGAGCUAUGACAGGAGUCUGCUUUGCAUGAUGAAGGGGGGGGGGCUUGGCCUACCUCCCCAUAUUGUCUUCUCAGAUGAGCCCUCUGUCCAAACAGAUUGCCAAAUCAAUAUAUCUAAGAAGUGUAUGAAUUUAUGUAUGAAUGUAUUGGGAAACAGUAAUGUUAAUAUACGUAGUCAAAGAA